UGUGAUCUUCAGUUUCUCAGAGAUUUCAAUUGCAGAUAUUUCCUUUCUACCUACACUCUCCCUCAACAUCCCCUCACAGCCCUAAGCGUGAGCUCAGAUCUGUGGGUUCAUAAAACUUCAAACUGGUGGAGAUGCUGACAUGAUUGUUCCUUUGCAGAGAGGCAUCAUGGGCUUUGGAAAAUUCUUACCCUUCCUGGCUCUUGGCUUCUUGGUCCUGUACCAGGUGGGCAUGAUCCAGGCAGCACCAUUCAGGUCUGCCGUGGAGGACAGCUCACUCAGUGAGGAGGAAGAGGACCUCCUUCUGGCUAUCCUGGUGAAGGAGUUUAUGAAGAAGAUGGCCAGUGAGAAGGAGCAGGCUGCACUGGAUUCCAGCUUCACUAGCCAGAAGAGAUCCUGCAACGCUGGCUCCUGCCUGACCAAUAAGCUUGCUGUGCUCUUGAGCAAGUCUGGAAGUGCUGCCCACGCCAAGUUGCUGCCCGCUACCAUGUUCUCAAAGGGCAAAGGCCAAAGGAAGGGACCCCAGGAAGAAGAUGAUGGAAGCUGAACCCUACCCACUUCUUUAAGUUUAUCAUAAAAACAAUUGGAGAAAUACAUGAUAAACACACAUGUGCAUGCUACUUAACAUUGAAAAGACUCUGUCUUAUUCAAAAUAAAUUAAAUUUAACUGCAUAAUAAAGCUAUUGCAAAUCA